AUGAACACAACAAAUAGGGAUUUGAAACAGAAAAAUUUAUGGGAAGGUGACGAUGUGAACUUACACAAAGGCGAUACGAGCCGCAAUACGUAUAGCAGCAAUAGUGGCAGUAAUGGGAAGAGGACGAAGAAUAAUGAAAGGUCGAAUUCCAUGGCCAAUGAAUGCAAGAACUCCUUCCACGUGGAGGAUUUUCCUAGGAGUAACAAUAACAUGAAUAUAUAUUAUGGCAAUGAGGAAGUCGUCACUGACAACGCCAUCAACAACGACGAUGACAUUUUUGGGAGUGGAGGAAACAAUUUCCUCAAUAAGAAUUUAACAACGGUUAAUUUGAGUGACAUGAAAAGGGGAGGAGGCCCCCCCCAAGGUAUAAGCAAUUCAAAUGGAAUCGCCAAUUUUGAUGACAAUUUCAGCGUAGCGGGAUAUAACGCAUAUAGCCAAAACAACCACACGGCUAGUCCCCUUAAUUUUUUGACUGUCCAGGGUGUAGCUAAUGAAAUGAUAAUCGGCUCGAACGAGAGCGGAGAUCGAGGAUACCCCAACAACAACAACGACAUGUACCAUCAGAGACACCUCCUCGAGGAAAAAUUCACCGGCGCACAAGUGCACCAAAUAAACUUUACCAAAGUCCCGAGCGGAAAAAUGAACAUAAUUAAUCUAAGCGACAAAGAAAAUGACGACGAUUGGGGGCUUGAAACCUCCUCGAGAAGCAGCCUUGAGGGCGGAGGAGACAACUCGUUCCACAUGUUCCCGUUUUCUAAAAGUAUUAACCGAAUCAGAACAAAGCUUUUGUGCUACUACGACGUGGACAGCGACGUGAUCAUAUACAGGUGCAUGUGCGCGAUGCUGCCUUACCUGAACGUGGACAAGGCGUACGAUUCUGUGGACUACUUGGACGACAUCGAGAGGAACGCGAGAGAGGGCAGCGCGGGGCGCAGCCACGAGGACAAUCACAAUGGAAAAAGUAGCGAUAAAAAUUACGGCAUCAAUAACGGCAGCAAUGAUAGCGGCAAUAACGGUACCAAUAACCGUCUUGCCGGCGCCGACGAAAACGAAGUCGACGACGAGAACGCGAAUAUAAGAAGAAUCAGCAACGUGAAUGACGCCUUCGACUACUAUGAUAACAAGCUGAGCCUAGAAAGGAACCCAGACGUGUAUGGAUUUGUUUGGGUGAACAUGUUCAUUUCCUUCAUAAUUUUUUUUCUUUUUAAUUGGAAAAAUAUCUUUUCCGGUGACUCCUUGGAUGUCGAUUUCACCUCCCCAGAUGGCACCACCUUGAGUAGCGAAGAAAUAAACAACCAAGCAUACAUCACGCAGAACAAAUUAAACAUUCUCUACACCACGUUAAUUUUUUUAUAUCUUUUCAAUACGCUCACUCCUUUAUCAAUAUACAUCGCAAAUAUCAUUGUCACGAAAAGGGUGUUUCCCAUCAGGUUGUCCUUUCUCAUUUCAUUAAUGAGUUAUAACAAUAUAAUCUUAUUGCCCCUCAUCUUCUUUUACAAAUUUACCUUGAUAAAGUCGAGUCUUUCAUUUAUUCUCUUCAUUUGCAGUGCCCUUCGCUUUUUUAUUUUCGCCUACUAUAUGAUGUCCUCCUUAUUUUAUAUACACAAAUACACCAUCCGCACUUUUCGCAAUAAUUUUUCUGAUAACGUCAUUUAUGUGUACUAUGGAAUUUUUUCCUUUUCCUACCUUUUGUUAUACCUUCAGUUGAGGAAUCACAUAUUCAAUUAUUUGUGA